AUGAAUAACGCCGCAGAAAUCCUAAAAAAAGUCCAGAUUGGUUUGGAUGUCGCCAUAUUUCUCCUAAACACUGAUCGUGGCCUUCAAGCGACCGAGUUAUGUAAUGAAUGUUUAUUUCUACUUCACAAGCUUGACUCUGGUAUUGAUCUUGAUCAUGAUAUCGCUGAUGUAUUAUUCAGUGUGUUCUACGCCACCUCUGGUUACACAAAUGCAGUACGAUACACCAUAAAACUUAUUGACAAGUUUUUCCUCGCUGUAGACCUAACCAUACAACUGGUAGACAAAUACGAGGCAAAAUGUUGGUUUGCAGAGGCAAUGCAACUUUGUAAAAGCGCUCUUACCAUCGUGAAAGCGAUUGGCUACCGUAGAGAAGAGGCAAUGGCUUACGCGAGACUUGGAUCUCUUUUUUUUAUCCUCUGCGAAUAUCUAAAGGCGAAAGAAUAUUAUGAGAAAGCACUUGCCAUCGCGAUAGACAUCGGCGACAGAAAAGGAGAAGGAACAACAUACCAGAACCUCGGAGGUGUGUUUAAAUCCCUUGGCGAAUAUCAGAAGGCCAAAGAAUAUUACGAGAAAGCACUUGCCAUCGCGAUAGAAAUCGGCAACAGAAAUGGUGAAGGAAGAAUAUACGGGAACCUCGGAGUUGUGUUUGAAUCCCUUGGCGAAUAUCAGAAGGCCAAAGAAUAUAACGAGAAAGCACUUGCCGUCGCGAUAGAAAUCGGCGACAGAAAUGGUGAAGGAAGAAUAUACGGGAACCUCGGAGUUGUGUUUCAAUCUCUUGGCGAAUAUCAGAAGGCCAAAGAAUAUUACGAGAAAGCACUUGCCAUCGCGAUAGAAAUCGGCGACAGAAAUGGAGAAGGAACAACAUACAGGAACUUCGGAGUUGUGUUUCAAUCCCUUGGCGAAUAUCAGAAGGCCAAAGAAUACUACGAGAAAGCACUUGCCAUCGCGAUAGACAUCGGCGACAGAAAAGGAGAAGGAACAACAUACGGGAGCCUCGGAGCUGUGUUUCAAUUCCUUGGCGAAUAUCAGAAGGCCAAAGAAUAUUACGAGAAAGCACUUGCCAUCGCGAUAGAAAUCGGCGACAGAAAUGGUGAAGGAGCAACAUACGGGAACCUCGGAGUUGUGUUUCAAUCCCUUGACGAAUAUCAGAAGGCCAAAGAAUAUUACGAGAAAGCACUUGCCAUCGCGAUAGACAUCGGCGACAGAAAAGGAGAAGGAACAACAUACGGGAACCUCGGAGCUGUGUUUCAAUUCCUUAGCGAAUAUCAGAAGGCCAAAGAAUAUUACGAGAAAGCACUUGCCAUCGCGAUAGAAAUCGGCGACAGAAAAGGAGAAGGAACAACAUACGGGAGCCUCGGAGUUGUGUUUCGAUCCCUUGGCGAAUAUCAGAAGGCCAAAGAAUAUGACGAGAAAGCACUUGCCAUCGCGAUAGAAAUCGGCGACAGAAAUGGAGAAGGAACAACAUACGAGAACCUCGGAAUUGUGUUUCAAUCCCUUGGCGAAUAUCAGAAGGCCAAAGAAUAUUACGAGAAAGCAAUCGCCAUCGCAAAAGGAAUAGGAGACAGAGGAAAUGAAUGUUCAGCAUACUUAGCCCUUGGAAACGUUUACUGCAGGCUUAGGAAAUAUCGUCAAGCUAAAGAAUAUUUCGACAAAGCACUCAGCAUCAGUACAGCAAUUGGACAAAGAAGAGAUGAAGGAUGCGGUUCCACAGGUUUGGCAGUAGUGUUCGCUUUUAUCAAUGACAAUCAGAAAGCAAAAGAACAUUCUCAGAAGGCGCUCACCAUCAGCAAGGAAUGUGGCGAUAAAGCUCUGGAAGGACAAAGUUACCUCAACCUCGGAAAUCUAUCUAGAUCGCUUGGUGAAUACGACGAGGCAGAAGAUUACUUAGAGAAGGCUCGCUCCAUAAGCAGUGGAAUUGGAAACAUAAUGACUGAGUUUGGAAGCCUUCUCAGCAUCACACAGUUAAAGGUAUCGCAAUCACAGUUUGUGGAGGCAAAGGAACAUCUCCUUCAAUGUAUUGGAAAAUAUGAACAAUUGAGGAGUUUUCUUAAAGGAAACAAAGAGUUUGAAAUAUCUCUGUUAGAAGAGCACGGUAGUUUUCCUUAUCAGUUGCUCACUACUUUGCUUUGCAAUACUGGCAAAUUUCAAGACGCUCUUUAUGUCGAGGAGCUGGGACGAGCGAGAGUCCUCGUAGAAUGCAUGGCAGAGAAGUUCUCCGUUGAAAGCCACAUCUCGGCUGAUCCAAAAUUAUGGUUUGGGAUUGAAAACAUCGUGAAAAAAGAGAGUAACUGUGUCUUUUUGUACAUUUCGUAUUGUGAGCGGCAAGUUUGUCUCUGGGUUUUGAAAGCAAAUGGAGACAUUUCCUUUCGAGUCACCGACAAAGUGAAAGACAGCACUCUCAUUCCUGAGAAUGUUUACAACGUGGAGGGAAUUUUCAAAAAGAGCGCCGCCAGCUUUGGCGUUUUAUUCACAGCGAAUUGCGAAGAUCGAUCUUUGGAUGACAACGUAACGACAUCUCUUUUUGAAGAGAGCCGAGCAACUUUACGCGGUGACGAAAGCAAAGAAACCGAAAGAAUUCAUCAUUUGUGUUACAAAUGGAUCAUCGCUCCUGUGGUAGAUUUACUUACAGAGCCUGAAAUCAUCAUUGUACCGGAUCGUUUCUCGUAUCGAGUCCCAUUUGCUGCCUUACGUGAUGAAUCAGCCGGAAAGUAUCUAUCAGAGACUUACAGAAUCCGUAUCGUCCCUUCUCUGACGACCCUCCAGCUCAUUCAUGAUUGUCCAGCGGAUUAUCAUAGUGAAACUGGUGCACUUGUAGUGGGUGAUCCUACGGUUGGCCAGGUGUAUUACGAUGGACGUGUCACUAACUUUGUAUCAUUGUUCUGUGCUAGAAAGGAAGCAGAGAUGGUUGGUCGACUGCUGGGAGUUCAACCUUUGUUAGGAGAGUCUGCAACUAAGCAGGCAGUGCUUCAAGCGAUACCUUCAGUGAGUCUCAUACAUGUUGCCGCGCAUGGAAAUGCCGAAAGAGGAGAGAUUGCCCUGUCGCCUAAAUGUCCUAAAUGUAUCACCAACAGUUUUCCACAAGAAGAAGACUACCUCUUGACAAUGUCCGACAUUUUCGGAGUUCAAGUGCGAGCAAAACUGGUUGUAUUGAGCUGUUGUCACAGUGCGCGUGGAUUGGUCAAAGCCGAAGGAGUUCUUGGAAUCGCUCGUGCAUUCUUAGCAUCCGGUGCACGUUCAGUGUUGGUAGCAUCGUGGGCCAUAGAAGACGAAGCAACGGAGCAGCUCAUGAAUCAUUUCUACAAACACCUUGUACGUGGAGAAAGUGCCAGUGAAUCUCUUCAUCAGGCCGUAAAAUGGUUGAGAAGCAACGGCUUUCCCAAACCUAAUCAAUGGGCUCCAUUUGUGCUGAUGGGAGACGACGUGACGUUGGAUUUUACAUACAUCGGGUAG